GAUGGCGCUAGUUGUAAAGAAGAAUGGAUUCUGUAUGUGAAUGGAAGAGUAUGUGAAUUGUCAAAGUUUAUGAAUUUGUAAACAAAACACGCGCUCUCGUUGCAGUGUUCCAAUCCAAAGUAGGUUUAAAAGAGUGUAAAUAUUGCGAUGUCGAUACCGAAUCAAUUGAUUGAUUUAUUAAAAGCCGGAGAGUGUGGGCAGUUGCUGGAUUCUCUGAAAUCGCCAGAAAUAACCCACCAUCUAAAGUCGGACGGUGUGUUUGAUUUGGUGAAAGUAAUCGCAACGCUAUUCCACGAGUGCAUUUGCUUAUCAUCUAUGGAAACUAGUGAAGCUGUCAAUGUGUCGCAUUUCGACGAGCUCGCAUAUGAAUGUUGUCGAUUAUUGCGAAACAGUUGUGCCGUCGGCAAAACGGUGCAAAAUCAAAUAGCUGCCUUUGAACUUGACUCGCACACCAUUUUCGAUGCAAUCAAUGUGCUGUUAUUUGAUCAAUCGAAACUAUCGCCGAAGACACGGAAAAUGUGCUGGCAAUUCGUGGCCAAUUUAUGUGUUCAAAACGAUGCAACGCAACGUCUCAUUUGGAGCAAAUGCAUUGCACCACAGUUGCCUCAGUUGAAUUGUGUUUGCCAAACGGAAAAUAGCCGCGAAUGCACGAUGAUUCUCUAUAAUUUGUUUCUAAGUGAAAUUCUCAGCACAAGCGAUGUAAAGAUGGUGGUUGAAAUAUUGUUGCAAUGCUUUUUGGAUCGACACGAGAACACGGAUUUUCAUCAGCUUUUUAUGGAACAUCUUAUUACAAAAUAUCGCUCAAUUGCACCGGUUUACGAUCGAUUAAUGCCAGCGGAUAAGCGAUUACACCUCAUUUACUAUAUUGGUGAACACAUGAAAGUCGUACGACACGAUCCCAUUUCAACGCCACUCUUGCAAUUCAUUUGCCGUGAUUUCAAGAAAAAAUCCGAUUGUGUGCUAAAAACGGCCACCGCCGUCGAUACCAUUCAUCCACACGAAGUGGUAGCGCUGCUCGAAGUGAUUGCACGUGCAUCGGCCGAUGAACGAUACUCACAUGUGCUAGCAUCGGAUAGCUCAUUAUUUAUAAACGUUGGCUGCUUACUGCGAACCGUUCAUGAGAUCGGCAAACAGCAAUCCGAUUCGAAUAUCUUUGCACCGGUACAGAAAUUGAAUCAAUUAGCCCCGAAUUCGAGCGAUGACACCAGCAUUGAACGUGACAUAUCGUAUCAAUUAAAAUCGACACUCAUUCGUACGCUCGCCAAUUUGGCGUAUAAACAUAAGGAAAAUCAAGACUUGGCACGUGAGAUGGAAUUCCUAGUGGCUGUGUUGGAUUCAACUGCACUGGAUGCGCGUAAUCCAUUGAUUAAGGAAUGGAGCAUCUUGGCGAUACGUAAUUUAUGCGAGGGCAAUGCGGAGAAUCAAGAGAUAAUUCGUCAAUUGACCAAAGUGGGCGAUUCCAAAUCGGACAUUAUAUCGGAAUUUUACCUUGAUUUGGGAUCGUUACGAAUAAAUCCAAAUUGAAUGAAAGCCAAACAUUCAAAUACAAAUUCCAAAUAAAAAAAAAAUGUCGAUUGAUAAAAACAUGAAAAUUCAAUAAAUCGAUCUUUGUUUUGUAUUAAUUGCAGACUA